UGGCUCCGCCCUUUUGUCCAGGGCCGCGUUCCCCAUGCUUCCCGCACGUCUGACUCGUAGACUUUUGUGCCCUUUACUGCGAGGAUCCACUCCCACUGUAGCGCAUCAUGGCCUUCGGGAGCUGCUUCUUGAAAGGAGAUGCGCGGCCGCCUCCUCCUCCCAGCACCCUUCUGGCCUGGGACGUGGGUUUCUUCGUAGCCCGACGGUAACUGGAGGUUAUGAGCAAAGGGAUGACAUGGAGGAGCGUUUUCUGUUCCCCGAGUACGUCCCGGAGCCGGAACCCGCACCGACCCUCGAAGAACAGCUACAGGAGCUGCAGCAGCAGCAAGAGGAGGACGAGCGACGGAAGCAACAACAGCGGGAGGAGCGGCGGCAGCAGAAGGUACGGGCCAGCCGCCGAGUGCACCCGGUCGUGGGGCACCCGGACCCGACGGUGCCACCCAGCGGCCUGAACUGCUCCGGCUGCGGGGCGGAGCUGCACUGCCAGGACCCUGGUGUUCCCGGCUACCUGCCCAGCGAGAAGUUCCUUAGCGCGGCGGCGCAGACCGACGCGGGGCUGGCGCGGACCGUGUGCCAGCGCUGCUGGCUGCUGGUACACCACCGGCGCGCCCUGCGCCUGCAGGUGAGCCGCGAGCAGUACCUGGAGUUGGUGAGCGCCGCGCUGCGGCGGCCCGGGCCGUCCCUAGUUCUCUACAUGGUGGACCUGCUCGAUCUGCCCGACGCACUGCUGCCCGACCUGCCCGCAUUGGUAGGCCCCAAGCAGCUGAUCGUGCUGGGGAACAAGGUGGACCUGCUGCCCCAGGACGCACCCGGCUACCUGCAGCGGCUCCGGGAGCGGCUUUGGGAUGACUGUGUCCGCGCCGGACUCCUGCGGCCCCUUGGGCCCAGAGGGCCACAGCACUCCGCCGGGGACAGGCCACUGGACAGGGAGGAGAAUUCGAAUCCUUCAGCCAGGUCCCGUACGAUGCUGAGGGAUGUUCGGCUCAUCAGCGCCAAGACUGGCUAUGGAGUGGAAGAGUUGAUCUCCGCGCUUCAGCGCUCCUGGCGCUACCGCGGCGACGUCUACCUGGUUGGCGCCACCAAUGCUGGCAAGUCUACUCUCUUCAACACGCUCCUGGAGUCGGAUUACUGCAUCGCCAAGGGCGCUGAAGCUAUCGACAGAGCCACCAUCUCCCCGUGGCCUGGUACUACAUUAAACCUUCUGAAGUUUCCUAUUUGCAACCCAACUCCUUACAGAAUGUUUGAAAGGCAAAAAAGGCUUAAAAAAGAUGCAAACGAAGCUGAAGAAGAUCUUAGUCAGCUAGAACAAAAUCAACUUAGUCUCUUGAAAAAGCACGGUUAUGUGGUAGGAAGAGUUGGAAGAACAUUCUCGUAUUCGGAAAAACAAAAGGAUGAAGCUGGCUUUGAGUUUGAUGCUGAUUCACUUGCCUUUGACAUGGAAAAUGAACCUGUUGUGGUUGCAGAUAAACCCACCAAACGAGUAGAACUGACCCCACAAGAUGUGAAAGAUGCCCACUGGUUUUAUGAUACCCCUGGAAUUACAAAAGAAAAUUGUGUUUUAAAUCUUCUAUCAGAAAAAGAAGUCAAUAUUGUUCUGCCAACACAUUCCAUUGUUCCAAGAACUUUUGUGCUUAAACCAGGAAUGGUUCUAUUUUUGGGUGCCAUAGGCCGCAUAGAUUUUCUGCAGGGAAAUCAAUCAGCUUGGUUUACAGUUGUGGCUUCCAACUUCCUUCCUGUGCACAUUACUUCCUUGGACAAGGCAGAUACUGUGUAUCAGAAGCAUGCAGGUCAUACAUUACUCAAGGUUCCAAUGGGUGGAAAGGAACGAAUGGCAGGAUUUCCUCCUCUUGUUGCUGAAGACAUUACAUUAAAAGAAGGACUUGGGGAAUCUGAAGCAGUGGCUGACAUCAAGUUUUCUUCUGCAGGUUGGGUUGCAGUAACACCUCAGUUUAAGGACAGACUGCAUCUCCGAGGCUAUACACCACAAGGAACAGUGCUGACAGUCCGGCCCCCUCUCUUGCCACAUAUCGUUAACAUCAAAGGAGAGCGCAUCAAGAGAAGUGUGGCCUAUAAAACCAAGAAGCUUCCUUCCCUUGUGUACAAUCUGCGGAAGAAGAAAAAAUAGAUAAAUAUAUGAACAUAUUAAACAUAACUACAUACAUUGAAUUGUAUUAAAUAUAGCUAUAAUAAAGCUCCCCUGCUCCUACCUUUUUUACUACUCGGAA